AUGUCUCACGCCACAACGCAAUCGCAGAACAUAAAGCAGAGGGUCCUCGCGUGCCUGACGAAGCUCUCGGACCGCGAUACACAAUCCGCUGGAGCCACUGAACUCGAGUCCAUCGCUCGAAGCCUGGACCCGCGCUCGGUUCCACUGUUCCUCUCCUGCAUUCACUCCACUGACGCCUCCGACAAAACCCCCGUCCGCAAACAAUGCGUGCACCUCGUGGCCACGCUCUCCCACGCGCACGGCGACACACUAUCGCCGUUCCUCUCCAGAAUUCUCGCCAACCUCGUGCGCCGCCUCCGCGACCCUGACUCUUCUGUACGGGCUGCCUGCGCCGAAUCCGUCGGCGCGCUAUCGGCGCGCGUCACCCGUCAGCCGUUCUCCUCUUUCCUGAAGCCGCUUGCGGAGGCGCUAUUCACGGAGCAGGACCCAAACUCGCAGGCCGCCGCCGCUCUCUGUCUCGCCUCCGCCGUCGACGGGGCUUCGGAUCCUGACCCAGCCAGGCUCGCCAGGCUGCUCCCGAGGUUCGAGAAGCUUCUCAAGAGCAAGGUGUUUAGGGCCAAGCCCGCGCUGCUGGUGCUCGUUGGAAGCGUCGUCGAGGCUCGCGGCGCGUCGAGUCGCGGCGCGUUGAGGAAUUUGGUUCCCUGCCUUGUGGAGGCGCUCGGCAGCGUAGACUGGGCCACGAGGAAGGGCGCGGCGGAGGUGUUGAGGAAACUCGCGGUCGCGGAGAGGGACCUUCUAUCGGAGUUCAAGGGUGGAUCUUUCAAAGUGCUCGAGGAUCGGCGAUUUGAUAAGGUAAAGUUGGUUCGGGAAGUUAUGAAUCAGAUGUUGGAUGCGUGGAAGCAGAUUCCUGAUGUUUCGGAUGAAUUCUCUCCACCUCCUCUCUCGCAGUCUUCUUCAAAGGAGAAUGCAAGUGAUGGGCGCUAUCCUCCAGUAUCUCAAAAUUCAUGUAGUCCGGGUUCCGUAAUGAGUAAACUGAGGAAGAAAUCGAGCCCGAUCAGCAAAUCAACUCCAUCAGAUAGAUCUGUUGCUAGGAAUGCUAAUAAGUUGAGUGCCUUAAGUAGUGAUCGGACGAGUUCGGGUGUUUUGCAGAAACUGAACCAUAACCAUUGGGAUGUUCGAAUUGCUGUGUCAAAUGUUCCUGAUCGAGGUGAAUGUCAGCAGAGGGAUGAAAAUGUUUUAGAAAACAGCAAAAAGGAUAAAAGCAGAUUUUUCAUGACAGAAACUAAACGGGCUCUAUUCGAUAAAAGUUCUGAUGAGAAGAUGCAUAAAUUUGGUGGGUCCAAAGCUGGAUCUCGUGUGGUUCCUUGUUCAGAAGAGAAUCAAGACUCAGGUGCUGUCUGUAAUGUAGCAAAGGAUCUUCCCAGGAAUGACAAAGAGAGUGAGGAAUUAUCUUUGAUUCGUGCCCAGUUAGUUCAAAUUGAGAAGCAGCAGUCAAGUCUGUUUGAUCUUCUACAGAAAUUCAUUGGGAGCUCAGAAAAUGGAAUGCGUUCUUUAGAGACUCGUGUGCAUGGCCUCGAGUUGGCAUUGGAUGAUAUCUCGUAUGAUUUGGCUGUAACUAGUGGAAGGAUGACUAAAUCUGAUGCUCCCAAAAAUACAUGUUGUCUGCUACCUGGUGCCGAAUUUUUAAGCUCCAAAUUCUGGAAAAAAACACAGAGCCGGUAUCCAUCCUACCGAUUCUCUAGAACUGGUAGCACUCCAUUACUAGCUUCCAGUCAUUACAGACCUAAUAGGAACACCGAAUCUAUUGCAACAAACCACAGAUUUGGGGUCCAUGGUGAUGGAAGCUUCAUCACAAAUCCUCUUGCAGAGAUUAAAAUUAAUUCAAGGGAAAUUUCAGGAUCUGCAAGAUCAGAGCUAGCUUGA